GAGUUAUUUUUUUUCUCCAUGGAAAUGCCAAGAGACCAAAUGUGCCUUUUUCUUGAGCCUCUAUAUCCCCAUUCCCCUCACACUUUACUUACUUAUUUCCCCCCACUUGCCACCACUUCCCAAUGGCUGAAAUCUCACCAUCUCCAACCUUUAGUCCCACCUCAAGCACGUCAUCUCCUUGUCACCAACCACAAGGAGAACCAUUUACAACCACCUUAAAUUUCAAUGUAAUGGUGAUCGUGGGUGCCAUGUUAUGUGCCCUGGUUUGUGCAUUAGGCCUUAACUCAAUGUUACAAUGUGCAAUCCAAUGCACACAUCGAGUAAUAACAGGGCCAGUGGAGUGGGUAGCAUCUCGUAGACAAAACUCAGGCUUAAAGAAGAAAGAAAUGGUAGCCUUGCCAACUUCAACUUAUGUCAACUCUACUUCAUCCCCGUCAGCUUCGGCUUCAUCCUCUGCCUCCGCCUCAAGUUGAGCUAUUUGCUUAGCAGACUUCUCUGAUGGUGAGAAAAUAAGGGUGCUGCCUCAAUGUAACCAUCGGUUCCAUGUUGGGUGCAUUGACAAGUGGCUGCUUUCCCACCCUUCUUGCCCUACUUGCCGCCGGAGGCUCAAGUGCAGUGACUCCAGAACUUCUCUAGAUCAUAUUGUCACAAUCUUGUGAGCUAUUAUUAUGUUUAUAUAUGUCUCUUUUCUUAGCCAGGAUUCUGUAUUAUUAUUAUUAUUAUCUUUUUCAUCAUAGUCUGUCUGAACAUGCACCAUCCUCACAAUGAGUUGGAAUUAAUAAAAAUCUCAGUUAUAUAUAUAAAUAUAUAUUGAUA